CUUUUUUUAAACUAUAAUAAAUACAACUCUCUCUUCCUAUCUCUCUCUUCCUUUUCAUGCAGCCACUCCACUCCGACCGGCUGACUUUCCGACCGACAGACUUUCUCCGACGAAAUCCUUGAAUCAGACUCGCCCCGUCCACCUGCAAAAAAUUACCACUUCGUCAGUGCGCUAGUGGUACGACCACUGCCACUGGUACCACUACCAGUACAUCGCUAUCACUAUCAUCUAGUAUCUGGUAGUGGUAUCGUACCACUAUAAUUUGGUACCAUUACCAUCUGGUAUCAGGUAGUAGUAGCGUACCACUAUCAUUUGGUACCACUAACAUUUGGUACCUGGUAGUGGUACGCGUACCACUCCACAUAGUACCACUACCACUAGAAAAAAAACCAGAUAUGAAAAUCCAAAAAUCUCAGAUCUGAAAAACGAAGGGGAGGAGAAGAGAUGAGGCACGGAGAGGCAGAGGGACUCACACAAAGAAGAGAUAUGAAAAACGAAGAGAUGAGGUAACGACAAGGGUGGAGGGCGGCAGAGGCUGUGGAGGGUGGAGGGAGGUAAAGGCCGACAGCAGUUGUGGAUGGAGGCGGAGGCCGGCGGCGGUUGUGGUGGGCGGAGACAGUAGUGGAAGCCAGCAGCAACAGUCACGUCUGAUGGAGAGACGGAGGAGGCAGAGAGGGAGGAGAUGGUUAGGGAGGAGUUAGGUUUUUUCUUUAUUUAUACGGGAGGGAGAAUAAUUGGGUGUGGUAACAUUUUUCCAUUCCAAAAAUAUCCUUCUUUUAAUCCUAACCAUAGAUUUGAAAAAAACAAGAAAGAGACAGGAGGGAGAGCGUAUCCAAUGGCUAAAAAGUGGGUUGUGAAUCUCACAACCCCCAAAAGGGGCUGUGACCGUAUCCCAUCCCCAUUUUUUGUUGUCCAAUAGGUUGUGAAUCGAUAACUCACAACCCGAUCCAAAUCAAGGAAACCCGAUUUCAAACCCACCCACUCUUCAAAUCCCAUGGAUGUCAAUAUUUUGGCUUUCUUUAUUCCAGUUUGUUAAGACAAACCCGGACCGUUCGAUCGAACCGAUAAACCAGUAGUUGAUCUCCAAAUCGGAAAUUCAAAAUAAAAAAAAUAAAAAAACACAUAAGCAACGAAGCAGUCAUUGAACCUACCUCUGCUUUUCCGAAGGAUUUGUCAGAUCUUCGAUAGCCGUCGGACAGCCGCUUCCCGUCCUAAACGUCCCAGAUCUGCGGCACUCCGCCGCCUCUACGUUCUAGCAAAUGAAAAGGAAAGAAGAAGAAUCGCAGAAGAAUGAAAAUUAAAUUUGAGAGUUUAAGAGAGAAAGAGAAAGACAGAGACAGAGAGGGGAUGAGGCGAUGAGCAACGCUGCCAGGGGUGGGUGGAAGAAAAUCGAAAAAAAAAAAGAAGAAGGAAGAAAAUAAAAAAAUGAGAGUUUGAGAGAGAGAGAGAGGCAGUGAGUGUCGGCGCUUAGGGUGAGGAUGUGGUUAGGGUUUUCUGUUUCCCUUUAUUAGGAUUUUUUGGUAAAUAAUUAAUUUUACUUUAGUCAUUAAAUUGUUAAAUUAUUACCUUAUUGGUCGCUCUAAAAUUCUUCAUUCGUCGCCUUAACUAAAUUAAUUUUAUUCUGAUGCGCUUAAUUCAUUUAUUUGUAUUUUAAACACUUAAAUUAUUAAAUUAUUAUUUUAUAUGUCUUUUAUUUACCAUAUUAUUAUUUAUUUAAGAUAUCGAUUUUAUAACGGUUUCUUAACAACUCAAUACCGGUUGGACCACUGAAAUGUGAGUUGUUCAGGAUACGGGUCAUGCUCGGUUUAGAGGACAUUGCUUUUUUUCCCCUCAAAUCCAUCAGAGCUCACUUCGUCUUCUUUAAACCGCCAACGACACUCGACCUCUACCUCAUCUGCUCCGUCGAGCAGCCAGGUGACUGUGAUUCCUAUCGUCCUCGCUGCUCCGGCCUCGACCUCGACCUCGCUUCUCAGGCUCGACUUUGCUGCUUCCCGCCUAGUCUGCACUGCUACGGUCGACAUUUCUGCUCCCGCUCGACGUCGCUGCUCCCGGCUCGGCCACCCAGCUCAAGCAUCCCCGCCGUGUCCAGCUUCCGCCAGUAGUGGCGAUUCUUUCCUUUUUAAAAAAACCAUCAACGAUUCUUUGUCGAGAACACUCCCCUAAACAAGAGAAAUUUGUUUCUGGGAUACAAUUCUUGAUGCUAUCGCUUCGUUGUGUAACUUAGCCAGCUUAAGUUUGGGAGGUAUCCUCUUGUGAAGUGCGAAGCAGUGCAGGUAAAGCCACUCUAUUGUCAAGCACGAAGGUGUUUGAUAAAAUGUGCAGCUGAAUAACUUAAUAGGUCUUGACCACUCCUUUGUUUUUUUUUCUUUUUCCAGCCUUCUUUCUGCUUUAUCAUCAAGAAUUUGAAUAUGGUGAUUCGUUCUUUUAUUGGGGAUUCGCCCUUAGGAGUUCUUCCAAUUUUAAACAUAUAUUACACUCAUCCGUUAGCUGAAAUAGCUUGCUGAAGAAACAAUUGAAGUCGUG